AUGCCAUCUGGAAUUUUGAAAGAAACCAAAACUCAAGAGAAAAUUGAAGUCAACGGCAGCCAAAAGGUCCUUGAACCCGAAGCAACAUCCGAUCCCGAACUCAUGGAGCCAAGUGUAUAUUCAGACGAAAGUUACUGUAGAGAGGUUAUAUUGUCCGAAAACUUUUUAGACCUUCUAAAUUGUGGUAAGUCAACCAUGGUCGAGGAAUUAAAAAUAUAACUAACCAGACUUGAUGUAUAGAUGAGACUAUGGGAACUAUCGAGACUAGGAACCAUACUACCAUCAAUGACCUUCCACACGACGUUCUCAUGAUCAUAUUCGAUAAUCUUACUCCAUGUAUGAUUGCCUGUCUAGGUCUUACUUGUCGUCGAUUCUAUACUUCCUGCAAGAUCCAUCACCCGGGAGAUUUUAACCUAGAGUUACAUGAUACCGAACAGCACCAUUCUGUUAAUCAAAAAUACUAUCCGGAUACUAUUUGCAAUCCUCUCUCUUGUGUUCAUUAUUCUUGUGACCACAAACGCUUGACAACUUCGGAACCUCAGGAAGACGCAAUGCUCAUAGUAGAAAUAUCACGACAUCAAUCUGGAAGCAUACCUGCCACUCCAUAUCCCAGACGGGAUCAUCUAGCCGACUUGAUUGAGACCUGGCACGGACUUCGAGACUAUCGAAAGACCUGGCUGAAUGUUGGAAACAAUGGGAAGAGCAAAUAUAUUCUCAAGUAUCUCCUGAUAUCAGUAUACAACCCUAGCAACGAGCACUGCAAAUUGAAGUCAGCUCUGCAAGAUAGAUAUUCGGAUUUUUACCAAGGAAAGCCUCAACGACCUGCUGUUUUUGGAUUGGUUUGGAUAGGGGGUCCUUGGCCUACUUUACCAAAUCCUCACCAAAUGACACCUCGUGAUUGGUUUCUUAAAGCAAAGGAAAUAAUACUGGGCGAUAGAUCACAACACAUGUCGAAAGAUUUAUGGGCAGAAGUUUGGGGUGGUUAUGUAGUUGGAAAGAACUGUCUAGACUGGAUGGAAGAGAGACCUUACGAUAAAUUCUCUGAUUGGUCAAAAGAAUGUUUGUGGAGAAGGGGAUGA